AUGGUGAAGUCAAGGCGGCCACCGACGACUUCUCCCUCGAGCACCUCAUCGGCAAAGGCAGCCAUGGUCGUGUCUACAAGGCCGUCCUCAGGCGGCAAGGAUGUCUUCGCCGUCAAGAAGCCGUUAGCUGCCUCGUCGACCUACCUUGACAACGAGAUUGAUAUCCUCUUGUCUUAUAGUAGUCGUUACGUCGUCAAUCUUGUUGGUCUUGCAUCUGAUCAUACUGGAAGUCAGCUCCUUCUCAUGGAAUACAUGUCCAAUGGAUCUUUGGAGAAGUUGCUUCAGGUUAGACCCGACCUUUCUGAAUUGACAUGGCGGGUUGCUGUGGCAAUUCAGGUGGGUCGAGGGUUGGUUGGGUUGCACCGUGCUAAUCCACCCAUCAUACAUCGCGACGUAAAAUCGACGAAUAUAUUGUUUGAUGGGAAGGGGAGGGCAAGGUUGGCAGACUUCAGCCUGGCGACUCGAGUGGGUGGACCGAGCCGACCGGCGGCUGGGACGAUAGGGUAUAUAGACCCGAGGUAUAUCGGGCCUGGCCAGCUCGGAGAGGGGGUGGAUGUGUUUAGCUUUGGUGUGGUGGUGCUGGAGUUGGUGGGCGGGAGAAGAGUGAUCGAGGAUAGGGGAGUGGGGGAGGGGGUUUUGGGGAGGUUGGCGGCAGUUGCAGGGAGGUGCAUGGCGACAGAGGGCGGGAGGAGGCCGAGGAUGGAGGAGGUCGUGGAGGAGUUGGAGAGAGCGGCAGAAAGGGUGUGGUGGCCGCUAGGGGUGGUGAGGAGGUGGGUGAAGAGAAGGUGGAGGAGAAAGGGAGGGAGGAGGGGAAAGGUGGUGAGGAGCACCACUAGAACUAUUUGUAAUAAGGAGUUAAUGGAUGAUGAUGGUGAUGAGAAUAGAUUUUGA